GCUGGGGGUUGAGUGGCGCGUCCUGUUUGGCAAUCCCUAAACUGCGUCUUUGUAGGAAUCGCCUAAAACUGCUCAGACAGAAAAGAUCCAGGGCGUCACCUGCUUCGAAAUCCCCGAGGGUAGUGGCGACCUAUAUAAUUUGUCCGGGAAAUGUCUUGUGCUUUGUAGAAAGAAAAGGUCAGACUAUUUUCCCAAAGAGUUUAUGGUCUGUCAGUGGUGGAAACCCAUGAAACAUAAGGCCAUGAAUAGAAAGGCCACAGAUAAGUAAGCUUCAAACAAGCUUCGUUCAUUUGUGGGAAAGGAUUAAGGAUACAGGGAGAAAGAAGAACUGAAUGUGGGGUUUGUAGUAGAUCAUCAAAAAUGUCAUACUUCAGAUUUAAAAUAACAAAACGGUACCCCUCCCUUUCCAAACAACCUCGCUAAUUAUGUUGCUGAAAUGAAUAAACCUUGUACAAACAGGAUUGGAAGAAUUGUGAAUAAUUCUGGCAUCUGAAAUCUCAAAAUUAUUUAAUUCCAAGUAUGGGGUUACAUUGAAUUACUCUCUGUUAUCUUCUCUGUUUAGAUGACCCUCACUAGCCUGUGAGGCUGGAAUAUGUGUAUAAACACAGUAUAAACUAUUAUGUUGAUCUCCUAAACGUAUGCCUUACCUAGAUCUACUUUGGGAGUUGGAAACUUGAAUCGAUGUUAUCAGAUGAGUUAGAGUCUAAACCAGAGUUGCUGGUUCAGUUUGUUCAGAACACAUCUAUCCCACUAGGACAGGGGCUUGUGGAAUCAGAACCUAAAAAUAUUACCUGUCUAUCUCUUCUUCCUGUUACAGAAUCCCCACAAUGCAACAGAUUGAUAUUGCCAGAUGAUUCCCCAAACCAUAUUCAUUCUUCCAAGCAUGCUUCUUCUUCGGCUGUUCUGCGAAGUCUCCAAGUAAAUGUUGGCCCUGAUGGUGAGGAGACAAGGGCACAAACAGUACAGAAACCACCUGACCUUCUUCCAAGUCCUGAUACAUCUACCUUAUUGCAAGAUCUUCAGCCUGGUGAUAACACUUCCUUUAUUCUCCUCAAUUUAACACGGACAGGUCUUGGGUCUUCUUCAGAACACCUGGUAUUUGUCCAGGAUGGAGCAGUCGAUUCUGGGAACAAUUUCUUUGCAAAUAAUAAUACAGACAGCAGUACCCCAUGGUUUUUACGUGUACAAGAACUGGCUCAUGAUAGUUUGAUUGCUGCCACCCGAGCACAGCUCGCUAAGAAUGCCAAAGCAAGCAAUAAUGGAGAAAAUGUUCAUGUUUGUUCAGGAGAAUCACAGCCGAAGGAAUCCAGCCCCAUUCCUCACCUACCCCGGGUAGAAAAAAAAUUGCAGUGCACUGUUGAAGGCUGUGAUCGAACAUUUGUAUGGCCAACUCACUUCAAAUAUCAUCUAAAAACCCACAGGAAUGAUCGCUCCUACACAUGCCCAGCAAAAGAUUGUGGGAAAAGCUUUUAUGUUUUACAAAGAUUGAAGGUGCACAUGAGAACACACAAUGGUGAGAAACCAUUUAUUUGCUCUGAACUAGGCUGUGGAAAGCAAUUCACAACAGCUGGGAAUCUAAAGAAUCAUCUGCGAAUUCACACUGGAGAAAAGCCUUUUUUAUGUGAGGCCCAGGGCUGUGGUCGUUCCUUUGCUGAAUAUUCCAGCCUUCGGAAACACCUAGUUGUCCAUUCAGGACUAAAGCCACAUCAAUGUCAAAUUUGUGGGAAGACAUUUUCUCAGAGUGGUAGUAGAAAUGUACACAUGAAGAAACAUCAUUCGAGGGUUGAAACAAUUAGCAAUAGACAGCAUGAGCAAACAGAAUCACUGAUGGGCAGCAGUUUAUUGGAAGAAUCUGAAUUAGAUAGCAAGAGCUUGGUGUCAAUGAAUUCUCCAUCUAGCCUUGUUGAAUCUUUGCAUUUGCCAGAUCCGGAAUCAAUCAUUGGUGUAAAAGAAGAGGUUCUAGCUGAAGCAGCAGUAAAUUCUCUCCAUGAUGUAUCUGAUGUGGUUUUGCCAUCUCAUCAUCUGAUGCCCAUGUCAACAUCAAGGCACUCUUACGGCGUAUCAUCCUUACUACAAUAAAUGCUUAGUUAAAGAAGAACAGCAAAUCUGUGACACUGAAUAUAUGAUACUAUAUGAAGCUAAAGAACAGGCUUUUCAAGUUGUUCGACAUUUUAAUUCCUGGAAUUUGUGCAGUGUCUCCAGUGUACUUCUUAUGACGUUAUGGCGCAGAGGCCUGGACUAUGAUUUUGCUUCAGUCAAUGAAAAAAACUUUGUUUUCUAAGGGAGGAUGGAACAGCAGCUAUUAAUUAUGGAGUUAAUAUUUAACCUGGUGUCCAAAAGCCAGGAGAUAAUGUUCUUGUACCUAGUUUAAAGCCAGAUUUUUUUUUCUUUUUUGAAGUGACCCUAAGCUCAACAUUAUAUUGGCUUGUUCUUGGAGAAAUAUCUUUUAAUUAGUAAUAAAUUCUGCACUACGGUGUGGCAGUUCUGGUUUUGCUUCUUAUUUAUAGGGGCAGUUGGUGGUACUCUUUCAUCGGGAAUUUUUGCCUUCCCAUGCUUUGUGUGGAUAUGUUCACUAACAUUGCUUUUGGUCCAAACUGAAGAUCUCAUACUAUUCAGAGCAUUGCUUAGGUCACACUUGCUUCUUGCUGUGAUAUUUUAAUUUCUAAUUAUUAGGUUUAAUAGGGUUUUUUUGUUUUUUAAAAAAAUCAAAGGUAGAAAUUAUUCAGUGGCAUUCUGUUGUAAAUAAACUACAUAUUUCCAUUCUCAA